AUGGGCCCAGAGGUCAACCACCUGGGUCGGCCUAUCCAUCAGCCAGUCAACACCUGCCCUGUCAGCAGGCAGCCUGGGUAUGAACCCUGCUGGGUUGCAAUCACCCACCUACAGGGUGAGAAAUGGAAUCGACAUGGGGGUGAGGUGACAUCUAUGCCACUGGUAGAGAAGGAGACGACAGCUUCUGGUCCAAACCAGAGCCAUGUGUUGUGCCAUUGAUGUUUCUGCAUUAUGAUUCAUUUACAUAACACUUUAAAAUUCUAUGGCAUCCAUGUUAGACUUAACGCCCCAUUACCUUACAUGGGUAAUAUUUUAAUAAUGCUAUGUAACUGAAUGUCUAGAAUUAGAACAAAUUCAAAAUUCUAAAAGUUGGCCCAACUCUCAAAAUACAUGGCUCUGGUCCAAACUAGUCUUGAACCAGGUGAAAGAGUACCAAGCCAGAACCGCAGUCUCAGUGGAUUGCUGUUUGUUAGUUAGUGAGCUUUCCCAACACUGAUCUACCACAUUAAGUCCUUUGCACACAAGUAUGCUCGCACACGCACACACACGCACACACACACACGCACACACACACAAACACACACAUAUUGAACCAUUAAGUCUGGUCUUUGUAUACACACUGCACAAACAUUCUGCUGACAAUGUCCUGUUAGCUAAGAAACCACAAGAAACUACAACGCCACUCUCCCCACAAAACACACUCAGAGAUUAAUAAAGGUGGUAUGGUAGAAACUCAAUAAAAGCUUUCAUUCUCUUCCGUGCUAUUAGUGUUUUGGCUAGUUUUACAGCUGCAUCUGAAAUGAUAGGUGUAGUAGUACAGUAUCGAAUCUACACUCUUAGAAAGAAAGGUACUAUCUAGAACCUAAAAGGGUUAUUCGGCUGUCCCCAUUGGAGAACCCUUUUAAUAACCCUUUUUGGUUCUAGGUAGAACCCUUUUGGUUCCAGGUAGAACCCUUUUCGGUUCCAUGUACAACCCUUUGCAAAGAGGGUUUUUACAGCAAAACCAAAAGGAUUCUACCUGGAUACAAAAAGGGUUCUACCUGGAACCAAAAAACGUUCACCUAUGGGGACAGCCUAAUAACCCUUGCGGAACCCUUUUCUCUAAGAGUGUGGACUUUAUCUUAGUAUUGGCAAUAUGUGAUGUUAACUGUAGAGAACAAAUCAUGAUUGCCUGAAUUUAUCUUGGUGCAGUGUGUGUGUGUGUGUGUGUGCGUGCGUGCGCCUGUGUAUGUGCUUAUGCAUGCAUAAUGUGUUUAUACUUUGCGUAUGAGAUGAGAGACAGAGUGCUUUAUUUCGAGAAUGGCAUCUGAGGGAGAAUGCAACUUUGUGCGUGCAUGCAUGUGUUGGUGCAUGUGUGUGUGCGACCAUGUUUAUAUACUGCCACACAGUAAUCCAAUGACAUUUUAAAAGUAGUUUCUACAGCACUGCAGUGCGCCUUGUCUUUACCUUCUCUUGAGCCGCCGAAAAAAGCAGCUGAAAGAAAGAGAGAGGAGGAGGGAUAUAUGGGGUGUGCUGAGGGAGGGAGAGGAGAGUAAGGGAGAGUGAAGAAGGACGGAGGGAGAGAGAGGGCUAUACACUGCAGUAUUUUCCUGCCUUGUAAUAGCAGAUCAAGUAGUGCAGCAAAAGCAUUGGGUCACAUGGGUGUUAAACACUAUUUACAUACUUUCUUUAUUGGAUGAGAUAAUGUAGCUCUCUCUCAGAAUGCUACACAUACUAUAAUAUUAUAGUUCAAUAUAUGUGUGUAUAGGCCUAUAAUUCUAGACAACGAUGUUGGCAUCAUACAUAUCAAGGUCAAAUAGCCCUUACACAGCCUGGAGGUGUGUUGGGUCAUUGUCCUGUUAAAAAAAAAAAAGAUAGUCCCACUAAGCGCAAACCAGAUGGGAUGGCAUAUCGCUGCAGAAUUCUGUGGUAGCCAUGCUUUUUAAGUUUGCAUUGAAUCCUAAAUAAAUCACUGACAGUGUCACCAGCAAAGCACCCCCACACCAUCACACCUCCUCCUCCAUGCUUCACGGAGGGAACCACACAUACGGAGAUCAUCCAUUCACCUACUAUGCGUCUCACAAAGACACGGCGGUUAGAACCAAAAAUCUCAAAUUUGGACUCAUCAGACCAAAGGACAGAUUUCCACUGGUCUAAUGUCCAUUGCUCGUGUUUCUUGGCCAAAGCAAGCUCUUCUUCUUAUUGGUGUCCUUUAGUAGUGGUUUCUUUUGCAGUAAUUCGACCGUGAAGGCCUGAUUAACGCAGUCUCCUCUGAACAGUUGAUGUUGAGAUGUGUCUGUUACUUGAACUCUGUAAAGCAUUUAUUUGGGCUGCAAUUUCUGAGGCUGGUAACUCUAAUGAAGUUAUCCUCUGCAGCAGAGGUAACUCUGGGUCUUCCUUUCCUGUGGUCAUCCUCAUGAGAGCCAGUUUCAUCAUAGCGCUUGAUGGUUUUUGCGACUGCAAGUUCUUGAAAUGUUUCCGUAUUGACUGACCUUCAUGUCUUCAAGUAAUGAUGAACUGUCGUUUCUCUUUGCUUAUUUGAGCUUUUCUUGCCAUAAUAUGGACUUGUCUUCUGUAUACCACCCCUACCUUGUCACAACACAACUGAUUGGCUCAAACACAUUAAGAAGGAAAUAAAUUCCACAAAUUAACUUUUAACAAGGCACACCUGUUAAUUGAAAUGCAUUCCAGGUGACUACCUCAUGAAGCUGGUUGAGAGAAUGCCAAGAGUGUGCAAAGCUGUCAUCAAGGGAAAGGGUGGCUACUUUGAAGAAUCUCAAAUAUAAAAUAUAUUUGGAUUUGUUUAACACUUUUUUGGUUACUACAUCAUUCCAUAUGUGUUAUUUCAUAGUUUUGAUAUUUUCACUAUUAUUCGACAAUGUAGAAAAUAAUAAAAAGAAAGAAAAACCCUGGAAUGAGUAGGUGUGUCCAAAGUUUUGACUGGUACUGCAUAUUGAAGGAUGUGAUGGACAUACUGUAAAGUAACCCCCUCCAGAAUGUACUCACCCUAUAGAUGCACUAGAUACAGUACAGAUGUAGGAUCUUAAUUUGAUCACUCUUUUGUUGCUGAGAACGUAUAAUGUAUUUGAAGUUUAAAAAGGCUUCUAAAGUUUGUAAUUUCCACUUUAAAAUGACAGACUUGAUUUCUAGCUCAAAUUAAGUUCCUACAUCUGUAUAUAGCUAAAUGGGAAUAUACAAGGCCAAACCAUGGGCUGGGAAGACAUUCACGUAGCACCAGUGCAGAUUAGAGUGCAUUGCUGAGUGCUGACUCUGCAAGUACACGUGUUGUGUGUGUGUGUGUGUGUGUGUGUGUGUGUGUGUGUGUGUGACGUACAGGGUGUGCAUAUAUUUUGCCAAUGUGUAGCUAUAGGUCUAUACAGUGCAUUCGGAAAGUAUUCAGACCCCUUGACUUUUUCCACAUUUUUUUUACGUUACAGCCUCAAUCUUUGUUGAAGCACCUUUGGCAGCGAUUACAGGAUCAAAUCUUCUUCGGUAUGACGCUACAAGCUUGGCACACCUGUAUUUGGGGAGUUUCUCCCAUUCUUCUCUGCAGAUCCUCUCAAGCUCUGUCAGUUUGGAUGGGGAGCAUCGCUGCACAGCUAUUUUUAGGUCUCUCCAGAGAUGUUCGAUCGAGUUCAAGUCCAGGUUCUGGCUGGGCCACUCAAGGACAUUCAGAGACUUGUCCCGAAGCCACUCCUCUGUUGUCGUGGCUGUGUGCUUAGGGUCGUUGUCCUGUUGGAAGGUGAACCUUCGCCCCAGUCUGACGUCCUGAGCGCUCUGGAGCAGGUUUUCAUCAAGGAUCUCUCUGUACUUUGCUCCGUUCAUCUUUCCCUCAAUUCUGACUAGUCUCCCAGUCCCUGCCGCUGAAAAACAUCCCCACAGCAUGAUGCUGCCACCACCAUGCUUCACCGUAAGGAUGGUGCCAGCUUUCCUCCAGAUGUGACGCUUGGCAUUCAGGCCAAAGAGUUCAAUCUUGGUUUCAUCAGACCAGAUAAUCUUGUUUCUCAUGGUCUGAGAGUCUUUAGGUGCCUUUUGGCAAACUCCAAGCGGGCUUUCAUGUGCCUUAUACUGAGGAGUGGCUUCCGUUUGGCCACUCUACUAUAAAGGCCUGAUUGGUGGAGUGCUGCAGAGUUGGUUGUCCUUCUGGAAGGUUCUCCCAUCUCCACAGAGGAACUCUGGAGCUCUCUCAGAGUGACCAUCGGGUUCUUGGUCACCUCCCUGAUCAAGUCCCUUCUCCCCCGAUUGCCCAGUUUUGCAGGGUGGCCAGCUCUAGGAAUAGUCUUGGUGGUUCCAUGCACUGUCGACUGUUGGAGCUUCUAUAGACAGGUGUGUGCCUUUCCAAAUCAUGUCCAAUCAAUUGAAUUUGCCACAGGUGAACUCCAAUCAAGUUGCAGAAACAUCUCAAGGAUGAUAAUUGGAAACAGGAUGCACCUGAGCUCAAUUUCCAGUCUCAUAGCAAACGGUCUGAAUACUUAUGUAAAGAAGGUAUUUCUGUUUAUUAUUUUUUAUUUAAUCCAUUUUAGAAUGAGGCGAUAACAUAACAAAAUGUGGAAAAAGUCUGAAUACUUUCUGAAUGCACUGCAUGUGAGCAUACAGUGUAUCUGUAUGUGUGUGGGAUGUCAGCCUACAGUGAGGAAAAAAGUAUUUGAUCCCCUGCUGAUUUUGUACGUUUGCCACCUGACAAAGAAAUAAUCAGUCUAUAAUUUUUAUGGUAGGUUUAGUUGAACAGUGAGAGACAGAAUAACAACAAAAUGAGAACUGGGUAAAAGUGUUGUGGUCAGAUGAGACCAAAAUGGAGCUAUUUGGCAUCAACUCAACUUGCCGUGUUUGGAGGAGGAGGAAUGCUGCCUGUGACCUAAGAACACCAUCCCCACCGUCAAACAUGGAGGUGGAAACAUUAUGCUUUGGGGGUGUUUUUCUGCUAAGGGGACAGGACAAUUUCACCACAUCAAAGGGACAAUGGACGGGGCCAUGUACCGUCAAAUCUUGGGUGAGAACCUCCUUCCCUCAGCCAGGGAAUUGAAAAUGGGUCGUGGGUGGGUAUUCCAGCAUGACAAUGACCCAAAACACACGUCCAAGGCAACAAAGGAGUGGUUCAAGAAGAAGCACAUUAAGGUCCUGGAGUGGCCUAGCCAGUCUCCAGACCUUAAUCCCAUAGAAAAUCUGUGGAGGGAGCUGAAGGUUCGAGUUGCCAAACGUCAGCCUCUAAACCUUAAUGACUUGGAGUAGAUCUGCAAAGAGGAGUGGGACAAAAUCCCUCUUGAGAUGUGUGCAAACCUGGUGGCCAACUACAAGAAACGUCUGACCUCUGAUUGCCAACAAGGGUUUUGCCACCAAGUACUAAGUCAUGUUUUGCAGAGGGGUCAAAUACUUAUUUCCCUCAUUAAAAUGCAAAUCAAUUUAUAACAUUUUUGACAUGCGUUUUUCUAGAUUUUGUUGUUGUUAUUCUGUCUCUCGCUGUUCAAAUAAACCUACCAUUAAAAUUGUAGACUGAUCAUGUCUUUGUCAGUGGGCAAACGUACAAAAUCAGCAGGGGAUCAAAUACUUUUUUCCCUUACUGUAUUUGUCCCUCCCUGCCUUUCUCCUCUCUAAACAGGUGCUGUACUGCAGUACUUCCAGAGGACACCUGAUUCAGAGAGAGGAAGGGAGGGAAGGGAGGGAGAGAAGAGAGGGAGGAAGUGAUUGAUCCGAGGGACAGGACACUAACUGCACCACUACAGCACACAAACAGAGAGAGAGAGAGAGAGAGAGAGAGAGAGAGAGAGAGAGAGAGAGAGAGAGAGAGAGAGAGAAAUAGAGAGAAAUAGAGAGAGAGAGAUAUAGGAGGGUGUGAGUAGAGGGACUAGCUGCUGCAGAGACCCAGUACGAUGAAGAGUGAUUGCAGCAGCAGGGGGAACUUGUCCAGGAACACAAAACUCGACAGACUGCAGAGGGAACGAAUGGUGCAGAGCCGAUCAAACACACCCAUCCCACCCCGGCCAUCACGCACGUGCUUGCACUCACUAACAGCCACACUCAUCCCACUGAGGCACUCACAGAACACACACACACACAGGGCCGCCGUUAUGAGCGGGUCUUAGGGGGCCUGGCCCAUUCUACCGUACCUCCAUGCCUGUCCAAAUAAAACAUUGAAAUAUUGAUAAUUUAUUUGACCGAGAUGUGCACCGCAAUGCAAAUAGUCCGGGUAGCCAUUUGAUUAGCUUUUCAGGAGUCUCAUGGCUUUGGGGUAGAAGCUGUUAAGAAGCCUUUUGGACCUAGACUUGGCACUCCGGUACCGCUUGCUGUGCAUUAGCAGAGAGAACAGUCUAUGACUAGGGUCGCUGGAGUCUUUAACAAUUUGACAAAGCCUGGUAUAGAGGUCCUGGAUGGCAGGAAGCUUGGCCCAAGUGAUGAACUGGGCCGUACGCAUUACCCUCUGUAGUGCCUUGCGGUCGGAGGCCGAGCAGUCGCCAUAGCAGGUAGUGAUGCAACCAGUCAGGAUGGUUUCGAUGGUGCAGCUGUAGAACCUUUUGAGGAUCUGAGGACCCAUGCCAAAUCUUUUCAGUCUCCUGAGGGGGAAUAGGCUUUGUCGUGUCCUCUUCACGACUGUCUUGGUGUGUUUGGACCAUGAUAGUUUGUUGGCGAUGUGGACACCAAGGAACGUGAAGCUCUCAACCUGCUCCACUACAGCCCUGUCGUUGAGAAUGGGGCGUGCUCGGUCCUCCUUUUCCUGUAGUCCACAAUCAUCUCCUUUUGUCUUGAUCACGUUGAGGGAGAGGUUGUUAUCCUGGCACCACAUGGCCAGGUCUCUGACAUCCUCCCUAUAGGCUGUCUCAUCGUUGUCGGUGAUCAGGCCUAUCACUGUUGUGUCUUUGGCAAACUUAAUGAUGGUGUUGGAGUCGUGCCUGGCCAUGCAGUCAUGGGUGAACAGGGAGUACAGGAGGGGACUGAGCACGCACCCCUGAGGGGCCCCUGUGUUGAGGAUCAGCAUGGCAGAUGUGUUGUUACCUACCCUUACCACCUGGGGGCGGCCCGUCAAGAAGUCCAGGAUCCAGUUGCAGAGGAAGGUGUUUAGUCCCAGGUUCCUUAGCUUAGUGAUGAGCUUUGAGGGCACUAUGGUGUUGAACGCUGAGCUGUAGUCAAUGAAUAGCAUUCUCACGUAGGUGUUCUUUUUGUUCAGGUGGAAAAGGGCAGUGUGGAGUGCAAUAGAGAUUGCAUCAUCUGUGGAUCUGUUGGGACAGUAUGCAAAUUGGAGUGGGUCUAGGGUUUCUUGGAUAAUGGUGUUGAUGUGAGCCAUGACCAGCCUUUCAAAGCACUUCAUGCCUACAGACAUCAGUGCUACGGGUUUGUAGUAAUUUAGGCAGGUUACCUUAGUGUUCCUGGGCACAGGGACUAUGGUGGUCUGCUUGAAACAUGUUGGUAUUACAGACUCAGUCAGGGACAGGUUGAAAAUGUCAGUGAAGACACUUGCCAGUUCGUCAGCGCAAGCUCGGAGUACACAUCCUGGUAAUCCGUCUGGCCCUGCGGCCUUGUGAAUGUUGACCUGUUUAAAGGUCUUACUCACAUCAGCUACGGAGAGCGUGAUCACACAGUCGUCCGGAACAGCUGAUGCUCUCAUGCAUGCUUCAGUGUUGCUUGCCUCGAAGCGAGCAUAGAAGUAAUUUAGCUCGUCUGGUAGGCUCGUGUCACUGGGCAGCUCGCGGCUGUGUUUCCCUUUGUAGUCUGUAAUAGUUUGCAUGCCCUGCCACAUCCGACAAGCAUCGGAGCCGGUGUAGUACGAUUCAAUCUUAGUCCUGUGUUGAUGCUUUCCCUUGUUUGAUGGUUCGUCGGAGGGCAUGGCGGGAUUUUUUCUAAGUGUCCGGGUUAGAGUCCCGCUCCUUGAAAGUGGCAGCUCGACCCUUUAGCUCAGUGCGGAUGUUGCCUGUAAUUCAUGGCUUCUGGUUGGGGUAUGUAAGUACGGUCACUGUGGGGACGAUGUCAUCGAUGCACUUAUUGAUGAAGCCAGUGACUGAUGUGGUGUACUCCUCAAUGCCAUUGGAAGAAUCCCGGAACAUAUUCCAGUCUGUGCUAGCAAAACAGUCCUGUAGCUUAGCAUCUGCAUCAUCUUGACUACUUCGUUAUUGACCGAGUCACUGGUGCUUCCUGCUUUAGUUUUUGCUUGUAAGCAGGAAUCAGGAGGAUAGAAUUAUGGUCAGAUUUGCCAAAAGGAGGGCGAGGGAGAGCUUUGUACACGUCACUGUGUGUGGAGUAAAGGUCGUCUAGAGUUUUUUUUCUCCUCUGGUUGCACAUUUAACAUGCUGGUAGAAAUUAAGUAAAAUGGAUUUAAGUUUCCCUUCAUUAAAGUCCCCAGCCACUAGGAGCACCGCCUCUGGUUGAGCAUUUUCCUGUUUGCUUAUGGCCCUAUACAGUUAAUUUUGUGCGGUCUUAGUGCCAGCAUCGGUUUGUGGUGGUAAAUAGACAGCUACGAAAUAUAUAGAUGAAAACUCUUGGUAAAUAGUGUGGUCUACAGCUUAUCAUGAGAUACCCUACCUCAGGCGAGCAAAACCUAGAGACUUCCUUAAUAUUAGAUUUCUAGCACCAGCUGUUGUUUACAAAUAUACACAGACCACCACCCCUUGUCUUACCGGAGGCCGCUGUUCUCUCUUGCCGAUGCAGCGUAAACCCCGCCAGCUAUAUGUUAUCCAUGUCGUCGUUCAGCCACGGCUUGGUGAAACAUAAGAUAUUACAGUUUUUAUUGUCCCGUUGGUAGGAUAUUUGUGAUCGUAGCUCGUCUAUUUUGUUAUCCAAUGAUUGUACGUUGGCUAAUAGGACUGAUGGUAGAGGCAGAUUACCCACUCGCCGUCGGAUCCUUACAAGGCACCCCAACCUACGUCCCCGAUAUCUCCGUCUCUUUCUCCUGUGAAUGACGGGGAUUUGGGCCUUGUCUGGUGUCUGAAGUAAAUCCUUCGCGUCCGACUCGUUAAAUAAUUUUUUUCCGGCCAGUACCAGGUGAGUAAUCGCUGUCCUGAUAUAUCUCUUUACGGUCAUAAGAGACGGUGGCAGAAACAUUAUGUACAAAAUAAGUUACAAAUAAUGCGAAAAAACACACACAAUAGCGCAAUCGGUUAGGAGCCGUAAAACGGCAGCCAUCUCCUACGGCGCCAUUACUUCAUUCGGAUGCUUUAUCCGGUGAGAGAGUUUCAGCAGAGAGGAAGAGGUGAAGCGAGAGGUCUCACUCUCACCAAAAUCUGUCCAGAGUAAGCACAAUGCGUUUCUAUGGGCAUAUUAUGCAGACCUAAGCUUGUCGCCUGCCUUCCUGCCUUUGGGACAACGACACCCAUUGUUAGGGUGGAGACAUGAGCAUCUUGUCAUUAUAUACAGAUCUCUGGUUUCAGCCUCUUGCGAAUUGGAAAGGAAAGUUGGUGGGUGCACAGUGCACUGUUAGGAUGCGGGCUUCCCUUAAAGUACAUUUAUGUUUUGCCAAAAUUACAUAAUUACUCCUAAAUGAAAACAUUAUAAAUACUUCACCAGAGAGCAUGACUUAGCCUAAAAUAAAUCUAUGUGGAUAGUUUCAAAUCACAAGUGCGUAGGCCUAUACCUAUUUGGGAAGCCUGCAAUUUGGGUAGUGCACAUGUUGCAAUAAGUCUAGCUGAUUGAGUUGCGGCUAUCAGUGAAAAGCAUCUAAAAUAGGUGUGAAGAUAAUGUGUCUUGAGUAUGAUUUAAAAUGUUGCAACACGAAGGAGGGGAGGGGUGUGUGGCGAAGAUAUGGCAUGUCUCUCUCCAGAAUGCAUGCACUCAGCUCUCCAGAAUGUCGCUCAGCUGUCUCCCGCCAAUUCUUGCACAUUAAUUGUUUAAUUCUGUGAAUUGUUUGCCCUUUGAUUGUUUCUUUUUUAUCAAUUCCCCAUUACAUACAAUACCAGUCAACAUUUUGGACACACCUACUCAUACCAGGGUUUUUCUUUAUUUUUUACUAUUUUCUACAUUGUAGAAUAAUAGCGAAGACAUCAAAACUAUGAAAUAACACAUAUUUUGGUUACAUACACUUUUUUGGUUACUACAUGAUUGCAUAUGUGUUAUUUCAUAGUUUUGAUGUCUUCACUAUUAUUCUACAAUGUAGAAAAUAGUAAAAAAUGAAGAAAAACCCUGGUAUGAGUAGGUGUCUCCAAAAUGUUGACUGGUACUGUAUGUCACCAGUAGGCCUAGUAAAUUUACUGUUAGUCCCCUGUCAUUAGACUACAUUAAUUUAUCUUAAUGCAUGUAUUAAUUACAGUAAUUUACCUGGCCUGCUGUGUGCAAAUGUAGGAAAAUGCCCAUUGGGCAAUGUCUGAUUUCUGAUUGUCUUAACUCACCAUGUCCACCACUAAUAAGCUGAUCUUCUCAGUAAUUCUUUCUUCACCUCACAUUGUAUACAAAGUCUUAUUUUUUAUUUAUUUUUUACAUCCCUUGCAAAUGAUAGUUCCUCAGUAUUUGAAAUAUCUUUCCAACACAAAUGUGUGCACAAACAGGACGUCCCGUGAAAAAACAUGCCCACCUCUGGAUAUCAAAGGCCCACCCAACUGAUUCGUUCUGGCAAAGGCCCUGCACACACACAACACACACAAACACACGCACACACACACAAAGAAACAAACAGAUGUGCAAGUGUUCACAUGCCUAACUGAUACUGUGCAUUGUCAUCAUAUGCAGUUCACAGACACAACGCUGUAGGCACACACAGGUAUACAGCACAGUUCUGCCUCAAUGCCUCAAUGAGUUAUGUAUUCAGGAGAUUCAGUCAAACUCUUUUUCUGCAGCUUUAGCCAAUACUCAUGCAUAAGCCAUCGUCGCAAUAAACGCCAACCCGCAAACAAUGAUUACCAUUAGCAAUACGAGUGGAACGAUUACAGGGCAGAAUUACCGGGCUGAAUUCCUCUGUGCCUACAACUGAACCACCGAUUCAACCACUCUGGCUGUUCAAAGUGUUGUCUAAGCAUUCGUUCAUUCGUUCCUUCAGUAUGGUUCAGGGCACUUCAGAGGGAGUGCUGUACACGGUGUGUCAAGAGGUGCGUUAAGAGUAACCGGUGCAGGAGAGAGUCACUGUGUGCAUACCGAGAUGUUACUACAGUACGGUUGUGUACUGCGCAAUUCCUCCCAGGUUGUGUGGAUAGACACUACUACUAAAGCAGUAUCCUAAUACUACUAUCACCUUCAGCUGAUGGUGGUUGCUUUACAGAGGAUUUCACUGACCCAGAAAAAAAUAUAUUUUGAAAUACAUAGCAGUUUGUUUAAGUGAUGAUCUCAUACAUACAGAUGAAGUCGGAAGUUUACAUACACCUUUAAACUUAGUUUUUCACAAUUCCUGACAUUUAAUCCUAGUAAAAAUGCCCUGUCUUAGGUCAGUUAGGAUCACCACUUUAUUUUAAGAAUGUGAAAUGUCAGAAUAAUAGUAGAGAGAAUGAUUUAUUUCAGCUUUUAUUUCUUUUAUCACAUUCCCAGUGGGUCAGAAGUUUACAUACACUCAAUUAGUGUUUGGUAGCACUGAGUCAGGUUUGUAGGCCUCCUUGCUCGCACACGCUUAUUCAGUUCUGCCCACACAUUUUCUAUAGGAUUGAGGUCAGGGCUUUGUGAUGGCCACUCCAAUACCUUGACUUUGUUGUCCUUAAGACAUUUUGCCACAACUUUGGAAGUAUGCUUGGGGUCAUUGUCCAUUUGGAAGACCCAUUUGCGACCAAGCUUUAACUUCCUGACUGAGGUCUUGAGAUGUUGCUUCAAUAUAUCCACAUAAUUUUCCUUCCUCAUGAUGCCAUAUAUUUUGUGAAGUGCCCCAGUCCCUCCUGCAGCAAAGCACCCCACAGCAUGAUGCUGCCACCCCCGUGCUUCACAGUUGGGAUGGUGUUCUUUGGCUUGCAAGGUACCCCCUUUUUCCUCCAAACAUAACGAUGGUCAUUAUGGCCAAACAGUUAUAUUUUUGUUUCAUCAGACCAGAGGACAUUUCUCCAAAAAGUACGAUCUUUGUCCCCAUGUGCAGUUGCAAACCGUUGUCUGGCUUUUUUAUGGCGGUUUUGGAGCAGUGGCUUCUUCCUUGCUGAGUGGCCUUUCAGGUUAUGUCGACAUAGGACUUGUGUUACUGUGGAUAUAGAUACUUUUGUACCAGUUUCCUCCAGCAUCUUUACAAGGUCCUUUGAUGUUGUUCUGGGAUCGAUUUGCACUUUUCGCAACCAAAGUACAUUAAUCUCUAAGAGACAGAACGCGUCUCCUUCCUGAGCGGUAUGACGGCUGCGUGGUACCAUGGUGUUUAUACUUGCGUACUAUUGUUUGUACAGAUGAACGUGGUACCUUCAGGCGUUUGGAAAUUGCUCCCAAGGAUGAACCAGACUUGUGGAGGUCUACAAAUUUUUCCUGAGGUUUUGGCUGAUUUCUUUUGAUUUUCCCAUGAUGUCAAGCAAAGAGGCACUGAGUUUGAAAGUAGGCCUUGAAAUACAUCCACAGGUACACCUCCAAUUGACUCAAAUGAUGUCAAUUAGCCUAUCAGAAGCUUCUAAAGCCAUGACAUCAUUUUCUGGAAUUUUCCAAGCUGUUUAAAGGCACAGUCAACUUAGUGUAUGUAAACUUCUGACCCACUGGAAUUGUGAUACAGUGAAUUAUAAGUGAAAUAAUCUGUCUCUAAACAAUUGUUCGAAAAAUGACUUGUGUCAUGCACAAAGUCCUAACCGACUUGCCAAAACUAUAGUUUGUUAACAAGACAUUUGUGGAGUGGUUGAAAAAGAAGUUUUAAUGUCUCCAACCUAAGUGUAUGUAAACUUCCGACUUCAACUGUAUGAUCUUUCUCGUGAAUGAACUCAUUCCUUCCUAUAGAACAGUAAACAACAAAAUCCAUACUUCCAUGUGUAGCAGAUCUAUGUGUUUCAUAAUGAAUCCCCUCCAUCCCUCCCUCCCCCAGCCUGCCCUGCGUCUAGUAUGGAUGUCCUGGUCCAUAACCAGAUCAACGUCCUGAAUGGCACCAUGGUGAGGAUCCAGUGCAUCUUCACCUCCUGCUACAAGAUGGAUGUCAACAAGUUUGCCAUGAACUGGACCUACCAGGAGAACACCAACGAGACUGAGGAGAUGGUGAGAGACCAGACCGUGUGUCUGCCCUUGUAUUGUGUCAAUGCCAGGCCGAUGCACAGUGUCCAUUUUAGGACACCCUCAGCCUCAGAUUGACUCAAGGAAGGUGAGGACUGACUCAAGGAGGGGUAAGGUGUAAGGCUAAAAUGGACACCGUCCCCCUGACUCUGCCAUGAUAUACAGUAACAUUAAUCUUCUUUUAUUUUAUUUUUUUAGAUGUGUUUCAUUUCAUUUUAUUUAUUUAGCCAGUAUAGUCUACAGAUAUAGGAUCUUAAUUUGACCAGUAUUGUCUUAGCAAAUUAUUCCUGCCGCAACAGGAUUUGAACGUUUAGUCCAUUAUGUUGCUUGAUCAGUGGUUAGGCUAUGAGCUGGACAAAAGUAGGCAACAUGAAAAGUGCAAUAAUGUUAAUAUAACCGUGUGUUAGUGCAGGUUUUCAGUGAAUGUAUGCAAAUCACGAUGCUCAUCUGCAUUUCCUGCAGUGCAGGAAAAUUGUCAGCAACAAAAGAGUGAUCAAAUUAAGAUCCUACAUCUGUACUCAGUAACAGUUGCCACUGUUUUCCAGGGAGUCCUGGGUUCAAUAAAAACUACAUGUUUUCUGUCUAUCUUUCUGCUAAUCCCCCUCUUCCUCCUCUUCUCUCCUCCAGUUCAUGACCUAUAAGAAGGGGAUGAUGCCCCUGCGGACGGACCGGUUCAGUGACCGGGUGCAGUUUGUGGGUAACCUGGAAAAAAACGACUUGUCCAUCACCCUCUCUGAUGUCCAGCUGUCAGACGAGGGCAUCUACAACUGCUACGUCCGCAACCCCCCUGACCGCAUCCAGGGCCACGGAAUCAUCAACAUGUUUGUCGUCACAGAAUGUAAGGGCAGGGGGCAAGGCAGGGAGAAAUAAGAGGGACAGGGGGCAAGUUGCUUAGCAGUUGCUUGGCGAGCCUGAAAAUACUUGAUCUAAGUGAUUGAUAGUUGGUAUUCAGCAGUCAUAAAAGUAUGCCUUAUUUACUUUGAAGAACUACUAAAAUUGUGAUUUCGUCAGACCGCAUAGGCAGAAGCUCUAUAGAGAUGAGAUGAUGACCUGGAAUGAAAUAAUAAAGUCAUCAAAUCAAACAAAUAUUUUAUUAAAGUAAAGUAAUGUGAAUAAAUGAUGGUUAAUAAGUGAAUAGCAGUAAUGGGCAGUCACUACCAUCAUGGGACUUGUAUUAAUUGUUUUAUUCUGUGUUGUUACAGCAUUCAACCCACAUAAAGCAAAGUGCAUUUUAUGUUUAAAAAAUAUAUAGAAACCGAAAACUGUGAUACAUUUUUUAUAAUAGAAUCAAAACCGGACCGACCUCAAAAAGCACUAAUCGCUCAGCACUAAUCUGUGGUCAACUGGUCCAUCCAUCCACCCAUACCAGCCCAUCCCUGGCCUUGAGGCUUGUUUGCCAGCAUGUCAUUAAUUAAUGUGCCCUGCCCUUGCCAUUCAUCCAUUUAUCAAUCCAUUCACUCACCAAUCCAUCCCUCCAACCUUCAGUUCCUCAUCUGGUUGUGUUUCUGUUCUCCCUUAGUCUCAGUCUCAACCUUCCUUCAGCCCAGGACAUGAUGACACAACACUAUACAGCUUUUUACUUAUUGAAGGUCGUGCCAACCCAGCUCACCUCAGAAUCAUUGCCUCUCACAAAUGCUGGUCUCACACAUGCACACUUUUACACACACAUGUAUGCAUGAUUACACACAUGCAUUUACACACACACACACACACACACACACACACACACACAUACAUACAUAAAAGUCAAUUUCAGCAUUGCUUUCCUGGUUUUUCGUAUCCUCACACUGUGGUUUAAUCAGCCCUUUGCCAACUAUACACUCUAUCUACAGAACUAUCUCACCUGCUCUUCCCUCCUCCUCUCCCCCUCCACAGUGCCUCCCCCGCGGGACUCGACCAUAGCGGUGGCGAUCGGGGCGUCAGUCGGCGGUGCGCUGGCUCUGCUCAUCCUGUCCAUGGUGGUGGUGAAGUGUAUACGGCGCCACAAGAAACAGGAGCUCAUCUCUGACGAGCAGAAGAUGGAAGAAGAGGGCAAGCUGGAUGCAGAGGGGGGCACCGAGGAGGGAACCAAGUGA